AUGACACAUUAUCAGGACUCGUACCCAAAGUUGACCCACGCUCCGAUCCUUGUGACCGUGAACGUCGGUACCGACAACGAGAUCGGGACCGUCUCCUCUGCCGGAGUGAUCGUCGACACCGGACCAAACCCUCACAGCCUGAGCGAGCAACCGCCGCGACCGUCAUGCCGUGUAUUGGCGGAAUCUGUCAAGAAACCUUCACAGCCAACCAAUGAAGGAAUCCCCGUAGACAUCCAUGUCAUGAUCUACAACUACAUCCUCAACACCGAAGCCGACAUUUCCCUUCGCUCGGCCUCCGAGAUGAGAGCCCAGCUCAGUCCCAGACGCGGUGGGCCCGGUCUGCCGACCCACACGUGGCCUGAAACGGGUAUACCGAUGUACCACCAACCACACGUGCGAAAUCAUCAACGGACGGAGUUCACUCCCAGCGACCCGCGCGCCCCGAAUCGCGUUGCUCGAAAACACAGCCAUCGAGUCCGCAUCGCGCGGGAUCAACCGGGGAAGCCACAGACAUCUUCGGCGCCCACAACCACCACUUCCACCACUACUCCUGCGUGCGAAGCGUUCCCGGAGCCGCGAUCGAACCUCCUGACGACUCUGCCCCGGCCGGGUGCCCUUUUCCGAUACGCGAUUGCACGUCACGAGGAGUCUCGGUCCGGACUACCGCAACAGCCACCACCACCACCGGACGGAUGCCGCCGCCGCGAACGACACGGACAGCUGCAUGGCGCGUCACAUCAUCCACAUCCGCGAAGCGUGUCCCCCACUCCCGACGUCCUCGCCGUCCAUCUUCCCCCGGCCACCGCUGCCACCGCAAUUCCAUUCACGGGCCGGACGGCUCUGACACAUGGCGAACUAGGGAAGCGACCCGAUCGGCUCAGCGUCGUCUCCACGUCGCCCUCUAGCGCCGUCGCGGUCUUCGCGCCGGGGGCUGACGGGGGAGGGGUGUGGCGUUUGCGCCGUUGCGAUCGGAACCGGGUCACCGUAUCAGAAUGGCAGUUCGGCGGUGUGGAGGCUCGGCCGGGGGACCGGGUUCGGGUUUUGGAGUUGGACUGGGAGACGGUUUUGGAGGAUGAGGGGGGUGAGGAUCGGGAUACUAGUACUGACCGGGAAGAUGCUGCGGAGGGGGGAUGUCGGGCUGUUGUGGAUCGGAGUGGGUGGUGA